AACAAACUGACUGCCCUCCACUGUCUGACAUUGCCUCGCCUUUUUUUUUGUCAUUGGGUGUGACGACGACUUCCCUCUUCUACCCACCUACCCUUCCCACCGCCCUCCGCCAGACGGUAUCAACAUCCAUACACAGCAUCCUCUUCACCGUCAGGUUCAGGUCAAGAUGGUCCCCUCGAGCACAGUCAUGCGCGCCUCGCGGCCGUUCCUCCGCCAGGCCGCCACGCCCGGCAGCAGCGCCCUCGCCCAGGCCCUCCGCGGCGCCCAGCGCCAGCGCCCCCAGUUCCAGUCACAGGCGUUCCGCUUCCGCAGCAGCAACUACAGCAACGGCGGCGGCAAGCGGUGGCAGAGCACCAGCGGCGCCGGCGCCGAGCAGCAGCAGCAGCAGAGCUGGUUCAAGCGCGCGUGGGAGAGCGAGGUGGGCAUCAAGACGGUGCACUUUUGGGCCCCCGUCAUGAAGUGGGCGCUCGUCCUCGCCGGCAUCUCCGACUUUGCUCGUCCCGUCGAGAAGCUCUCCUUCACGCAGAACUUUGCCCUCACCUGCACCGGCCUCAUCUGGACCCGGUGGUGCCUCAUCAUCAAGCCUAAGAACUACCUCCUCGCCGCCGUCAACUUCUUCCUCGGUCUCGUCGGCAUCGUCCAGCUCACUCGCAUCGGCAUGCACGAGUCCGCCAAGAAGAACAACCCCGUCGCCGAAGUCGUCGAGGACGUGAAGCAGGACGUCAAGGACGCCGUCAAGGCGUAGAUGCUCCACCCGCUGCUAUCCAGCCCUGCACCAUUGAACAUCAACGACAUCAUACUCAGUAGAAAGGAGUAAACCGAGAAAAAGAUUGGGAAGAAGUCACACGAAAUAGCGAAGCGAGAGGGGAGACGGGUUUGCUGCUCUGUUGGAGACAUGGACCGACACCCAACGUCGUCCUUAAGCGAAACGAGCACGGGGAGGAGAAGGGGGCCGGGGUGCUCCGUAGCCUGGGAGCCAGGGCGUACUACUUCACAACGGAACCGGAGGGCUGGUGGCGGACAAGGAGCAGCCGGACCCCGUCGUCCCUGAUUUGGUUCCUUGGGCAUGGAAUCUUGUGUUUUUCCUCGUAGAGCAAGGAACUCUUCUGCGAGGGGGGACGGAGCGACUGGCAGACGGGCCUUUUCCCUUUUUAUGCGCAAAAGAGAAACGACAAGAACAUGGGCCCUGUAGAUCGCGCUGUCACGGAGGGGCGCGACUCCAGGUAGGGCUAUACUCCUGCGCGGGCUCUGUACAAGUAUAGGUACUACUAUUCAUAUGUUUUUAUUUUUCAUUGCAUGUGCGGUCAACCCGUGCCAACAA